GAAGAAAUAGAACGCCUCAAAAUUGGAUGUGCUAACCUCAAGAAGGAGACUAGCCGAGCGCCAAAAGUUCUGAAGCUCGAUCUAGAUAGUCGACUUCGAGAUAUUAAUACCAAGAUGAUGCAAGAUGACCUCACAAUGACUCGGUCUAAAAAGCGCAAAGAUGACGGAAAAACUAUCCAUGAACAUAGUGCAAGCCUUUCUGAGCUCCGCACCGAAAAGGAAAAAGGGAUUAGCUCAGUUUGGUCAAACCCUUCAAAGAAAAAGACCGAGCAAUUGGAAGGUCCGAUAGUUUAUGAGCCUUGA